AUGGAGUUUUUAUUUGGAAAACGGGUUACACCUGAAGAAAUGCUACGUAAGAAUCAACGUGCAUUAAAUAAAGCAAUGCGAGAUCUAGACCGUGAAAAAGCUAGGAUGGAACAACAAGAAAAAAAAAUUAUUGCUGACAUUAAAAAGUUAGCUAAAGAAGGACAAAUGGAUGCUGUAAAAAUAAUGGCUAAAGACCUAGUAAGAACACGCAGAUAUGUUAAAAAAUUCAUGCUAAUGAAAGCUAACGUCCAAGCUGUUUCAUUGAAGAUCCAGACAUUGAGAUCUCAGAAUACUAUGGCUCAAGCUAUGAAAGGUGUUACUAGAGCAAUGCAAAGCAUGAACAAGCAAUUAAAUUUACCUCAAAUACAAAAAAUACUCCAAGAAUUUGAAAAACAAUCAGAAAUUAUGGAUAUGAAAGAGGAAAUUAUGAAUGAUGCCAUUGAUGAUGCAAUGGAAGACGAAGGAGACGAAGAAGAAAGUGAUGCUAUUGUAUCGCAAGUUCUUGACGAAUUGGGUCUACAAUUAACAGACCAGUUAUCAGGAUUACCUCAAGCUUCAGGUUCAUUAAGUGUUGCGGGAUCAAAACAACCUGUAGCAGCAGCAGCUGGCGAUGAUAGUACUAAUGGUGGAAAUCUUGCAGAUGCUGAUGCAGAUCUUCAAGCGAGACUUGAAAAUUUGCGUAGGGAAUAAAAAAAAUAUGUAUAAAAAUAUUUGAGCAAAGACAUUAUUAAGUUUUAAUCUACUAUAAUACUAUGAAAAAGAACGAAAAAAGUUAAGCUAUUAUAAAUUUACACAGCUAAAAUAAACAAUGCAACAAAUGAAUAAUUUAUUAAUGUAGAAAAAUAAAUGCUUUUUAUAUUGUCUUAAAUGCAUAAAUGUUUGAAAGUAUAUGAAUUCUUAUGAUUUUAGGAAAAAAUAUAGAAUAAAAGUUAUUUACUUCUAAUAAAUAAUGUAUGUAUAAUAAUUUUAAUAGAAAGAGAAAUAAAACGCUGUACACA